AUGGGGCUGUCACUAGCCCGCCUGGUGGCCAUCUGCCUGGUCCUGAGCUCGGCCAGGGGUGCAGAGCUCCAGAGAGAGGGCAGGACCCGGAACCACGGCCACAGCGUCUGCAGCACUUGGGGCGACUUCCACUACAAGACCUUCGAUGGGGACGUCUUCCGUUUCCCGGGCCUGUGUGACUACAACUUCGCGUCCGACUGCAGAGACUCCUAUAAGGAGUUCGCGGUUCACCUGAAGCGGGGCGCGGGCAGAGAUGGGGAGCACCCCCAGCUUGAGUACAUCCUGCUGAGCAUCAAGGAUGACACCAUCUACCUCACCCCGCAGCUGGUUGUGGUGAACGGGGCCUUGGUCAGCACUCCACACUACAGCUCUGGGCUGCUCAUUGAGAAGAACGAUGCCUACACCAAGGUCUACUCCCGUGCUGGACUCACCCUCAUGUGGAACCGGGAAGACUCACUCAUGCUGGAGCUGGACAGUAGGUUCCAGAACCACACAUGUGGCCUCUGCGGGGACUACAAUGGGCUGCAGACCUAUUCGGAGUUCCUCUCUGAUGGUGAGGGCGUGCUCUUCAGUGCCAUCGAGUUUGGGACCAUGCAGAAGAUCAACAAGCCCGGUGUGGUGUGCGAUGACCCUGAGGAGGAGCCGGCCCUGGAGUCCUGCUCUGAGCAUCGCGCUGAGUGCGAGAGGCUGCUGACGGCCUCGGCCUUCAAAGACUGCCUGGGCCUCCUGCCGCUGGAGCUGUACGUGCAGGCCUGCGCCCAGGACCGCUGCCGGUGCCCGGCGGGCACCUCCUGCGCCUGCAGCACCCUCGCCGAGUUCUCCCGCCAGUGCUCCCACGCGGGCGGGCAGCCCGGCAACUGGAGGACGGCUGAGCUGUGCCCCAAGAGCUGCCCUGGGAACAUGGUUUACCUGGAGAGCGGCUCGCCCUGCAUGGACACCUGCUCUCACCUGGAGGUCAGCAGCCUGUGUGAGGAGCACCACAUGGAUGGCUGCUUCUGCCCGGAAGGCACCGUGUACGACGACAUCACAGGCAGCGGCUGCAUUCCCGUGAGCCAGUGCCACUGCAGGCUUCACGGGCACCUGUACUCGCCCGGCCGGCAGAUCACCAAUGAAUGCGAGGAGUGCGUCUGCACCGCCGGCCGCUGGGUGUGCAAAGACCUGCCGUGCCCGGGGACCUGCAGCCUGGAAGGCGGCUCCCACAUCACCACCUUCGACGGGAAGAAGUACACCUUCCACGGGGACUGUUACUACGUGCUGGUCAAGGGUGACCACAACGACUCCUAUGCCCUGCUGGGUGAGCUGGCCCCCUGCGGCUCCACAGACAAGCAGACCUGCCUGAAGACGGUGGUGCUGCUGGCCGACAACAGGAAGAACGUGCUGGCUUUCAAGUCCGAUGGCAGCGUGCUGCUGAACGAGCUGGAGGUGAACCUGCCCCACGUGACAGCCAGCUUCUCCGUCUUCCAACCGUCCUCCUACCACCUCAUGGUGAACACCGCCUUCGGCCUCAGGCUGCAGGUGCAGCUGCUGCCUGUCAUGCAGCUCUUCCUGACGCUGGACCAGGUUGCCCAGGGGCACGUGCAGGGGCUCUGUGGGAACUUCAAUGGCCAGGAAGGGGAUGACUUUAAGACGCCUGGUGGGCUGGUGGAGGCCACAGGGGCCAGUUUUGCCAACUCCUGGAAGGCGCAGUCGAACUGCCACGACAAGCUAGACUGGCUGGACGACCCCUGCUCCCUCAAUAUCGAGACCAACUAUGCCGAGCACUGGUGCUCCCUGCUGAAGAAGACAGAGACCCCAUUCAGCAAGUGCCACACAGCCGUGGACCCCUCGGAGUAUUACAAGAGGUGCAAAUAUGACACAUGUAACUGCCAGAACAGCGAGAGCUGCAUGUGUGCUGCGCUGUCCUCCUACGCCCGUGCCUGUGCCACCAAGGGCAUCAUGCUGUGGGGCUGGCGGGAGCAAGUGUGCAAUGAGGAUGUGGGCUCCUGCCCCAACUCACAGGUCUUCUUGUACAACCUGACCACCUGCCAGCAGACCUGCCGCUCACUCUCCGAGGCCGACACCCACUGUGUGCAGGGCUUUGCGCCUGUGGACGGCUGCGGCUGCCCGGACCACACUUUCCUGGACGAGAAGGGCCGCUGUGUGUCCCUGGCCAAGUGCUCCUGCUACUACCAUGGCCUCUACCUCGAGGCCGGAGAAGUGGUGCUGAGGCAGGAGGAGCGAUGUGUUUGCCGGAAUGGGAGGCUGCACUGCAUGCAGGUCAAGCUGCUUGGCCAGAGCUGUCCAUCCCCAAAGAUCCACAUUGACUGCAACAACCUGACAGCGGUGGCCAUCCAGAACCCACGACCUGUCAGCUGUCAGACGCUGGCUGCCGGCCACUAUCAGACGGAGUGUGUCAGUGGCUGCAUAUGCCCAAGUGGGCUGCUGGACGAUGGCCGUGGUGGCUGUGUCACGGAGGAGAACUGCCCAUGCGUGCACAACCAUGACUUGUACUCCCCAGGAGACAAGAUCAAGGUGGACUGCAACACCUGCACCUGCCAGAGAGGGCGCUGGACGUGCACGCAGUCCGUGUGCUACGGCUCCUGCUCCAUCUACGGGAGUGGUCACUACAUCACCUUUGACGGGAAGUACUAUGAUUUUGACGGACACUGCUCCUAUGUGGCUGCUCAGGACUACUGCGGCCACAAUGCCUCCCUGGGCUCCUUCAGCAUCAUCACUGAGAACGUUCCUUGUGGCACCACGGGGGUCACCUGCUCCAAGGCCAUCAAAAUAUUCAUAGGGAGGACAGAGCUGAAGCUCGAGAACAAGCAGCGCCUGGUGGUCCAACGCGACACGGGCCACGCCGUGGCCUACACCACGCGGGAUGUGGGCCAGUACCUAGUGGUGGAGGCGAGCAUUGGUGUCAUUGUCAUCUGGGACAGGAAGACAACCAUCUUCAUCAAGCUGUCCCCAUCCUACAAGGGCGCGGUGUGCGGGCUGUGCGGCAACUUUGACCAGCGUUCCAGCAAUGACUUCACCACGAGGGACCACAUGGUGGUGGACAGCGAGCUGGACUUCGGGAACAGCUGGAAGGAGGCCCCCACUUGUCCCGACGUGAGCAGCACCCCGGAGCCCUGCGUCCUGAGACCGCACCGCCUCGCCUGGGCUGAGAAGCAGUGCAGCAUCAUCAAGAGCUCUGUCUUCAGCAGCUGCCACAGCAAGGUGGACCCCAAGCCCUUCUACGAGGCCUGCGUCCAUGACUCCUGCUCCUGUGACUCCGGCGGGGACUGUGAAUGCUUCUGCUCCGCAGUGGCCUCCUACGCCCAGGAGUGUACAAAGGAGGGGGCCUGCGUGUUCUGGAGGACGCCAGACCUGUGCCCCAUAUUCUGCGACUACUACAACCCCCCGGACGAGUGUGAGUGGCAUUACGAGCCGUGCGGGAAUCGGAGCUUCGAGACCUGUAGAACCAUCAAUGGCAUCCAUUCCAACAUCUCCGUGUCCUACCUGGAGGGCUGCUACCCCCGGUGCCCCAAGGAUAGGCCCAUCUAUGACGAGGACCUGAAGCAGUGCGUCACAGCAGACAAAUGUGGCUGCUAUGUCGGGGACACACGCUACCCACCUGGAGCAUCUUUUCCCCCUGAGAAGGACUGCCACUCUUGCGUGUGUACCAACUCCUCGGAAGUUGUCUGCUGGUGGGAUGAAGGGAAGAUUCUCAACUACACCCAGGAUGGCUUCUUCUGCUAUUGGGAGAUCUGUGGCCCCAACGGGACCGUGGAGAGGCACUUCAACAUCUGUGUGACCUCAACCCCCCUGCCCUCCACUACGAUCCCUGUCACCUCCACCCCCGUCACCACCACCACCACCACCACCACCACCACCACCACCACCACCACCCCGACACCCAGCACAGGGCUGUGCUGCUUCUGGUCUGACUGGAUCAACGAGAACCAUCCCACUGAGCAGAAUGCUGGAGACCGGGAGACCUUCGACAGCGUCUGUAGGGCCCCCGAGGAGAUCGAGUGCAGGCUGGCCACGGACCCCCACCUCAGCUGGGAGCAGGCCGGCCAGAAGGCCCAGUGCGAUGUGUCCGUGGGCUUCAUUUGCUACAAUGAAGACCAGUUUGGAAACGGCCCCUUCGCAGUCUGUUACGACUACGAGAUCCGUGUCAAUUGCUGCCUGCCGUGUCCCAUCACCACUCCAUCAACCACCACCACUCUGACCACCACUCCAUCAACCACCACCACCACCCCGACCACCACCCCGACCUCCACCCCCACCACCACUCCAUCAACCACCACGACCACCCCGACCACCACACCGACCUCCACCCCCACCCCGACCCCCACCACCACUCCAUCAACCACCACCACCACAACCCCAACCACCACUCCAACAACCACCCCCACAGGAGCACCGACCACCACCACCACGGCCACCCCUACCCCGACCACCACCCCGACCUCAACCAUCACCACCACCCCGACCACCACCACCACGGCCACCCCGACCCCGACCACCACCCCGACCACCACCACCACGCCUACCAGCACAAGGUCUACCCCUCCCUGCGUGCCUGACUGCUACUGGACGGGCUGGCUGGAUUCCAGGAAACCCACCUUUACUAAACCGGGUGGGGACUUCGAAUCUAUUGAAGUCUGCAGUUUGGGCUCGGCCGUCAACAUCUCCUGCAGAGCCGUCUUCUGGCCCGACAUCCCCUUGGGCGACCUCGGGCAAACCGUGCAGUGCGACGUCUCCGUGGGACUGGUGUGCAAGAACGAAGACCAGAAACCAGGGGGGCUCAUGCCACAGCCGUACUGCCUCAACUACGAGAUCAACGUGGAGUGCUGUUACCCCACUCCAUCGACCACCACUCCAUCGACCACCACCCCUACCACCACCCCGACCUCCACCCCCACCACCACUCCAUCGACCACCACCCCGACCUCCACCCCCACCACCACUCCAUCGACCACCACCACCACCCCAACCACCACUCCAUCGACCACCACUCCAUCGACCACCACCCCUACCACCACCCUGACCACCACCCCGACCACCACUCCAUCGACCACCACACCGACCUCCACCCCCACCACCACUCCAUCGACCACCACCCCGACCUCCACCCCCACCACCACUCCAUCGACCACCACCCCGACCUCCACCCCCACCACCACUCCAUCGACCACCACCCCGACCUCCACCCCCACCACCACUCCAUCGACCACCACCACCACCCCGACCACCACUCCAUUGACCACCACUCCAUCGACCACCACCACCACCACCACCCCGACCACCACCCCGACCACCACCCCAACCUCCACUCUGACUACCACUCCAUCGACCACCACCCCGACCACCACCCCGACCACCACCCCGACCACCACUCCAUCGACCACCACCACCACCACCCUGACCACCACCCCGACCACCACCCCUACCACCACUCCAUUGACCACCACCCCGAGCACAACUCCAUCGACCACCACUCCAUCGACCACCACCACCACCACCACCACCCCGACCACCACCCCGACCUCCACCCCGACCACCACCCCGACCUCCGUCCCCUGCUGCCUUUUGAAUGACACAUACUACAUACCAGGUGAUGUGGUGUACAAUGGCACGCACGGAGACACCUGCUAUUAUGUGAACUGCUCGUUGUCCUGCACCCUUGAGAUCUUCAACUGGUCAUGCCCGUCCACACCCUCCCCAACGCCUACCCCUUCCAAGUUGACACCGACCUCAACACCCAAAACACCCACACCUGUGUCAUCAAGCACACCGACCACCAGCAAGCCUCCUGGGUGCCCAGACUUUAUUCCUCCCAGACAGGAGAACGAGACGUGGUGGCUGUGUAACUGCACCAUGGCCAUCUGCAAGUACAACAACACCGUGGAACUAGUAGAGGUGGAGUGUGAGCCCCCGCCCAUGCCCACCUGCACCAACGGCCUCCAGCCCGUGAGAGUUUUGGAUCCCGACGGCUGCUGCUGGCACUGGGAAUGUGACUGCUACUGCACAGGCUGGGGGGACCCACACUACGUCACCUUCGAUGGGCUCUACUACAGCUACCAGGGCAACUGCACCUACGUGCUUGUGGAGGAGAUCACCUCCAAGGUGGACAACUUCGGAGUGUACAUCGAUAACUACCACUGUGACGUCAACGACCAGGUGUCCUGCCCGCGCACGCUCAUUGUGCGCCACGAGUCUCAGGAGGUGUUGAUCAAGACAUUGCAGCUGAUGCCCAUAAAGGUCCAGGUGCAGGUCAACAGGCAGGUCGUGGCACUGCCCUACAGGAAGUACGGGCUGCAGGUGUACCAGUCAGGCAUCAACUACGUGGUGGACAUCCCCGAGCUGGGCGCCGUCAUCUCCUACAACGGGCUUUCCUUCUCCAUCAGGCUGCCCUACCAGCACUUUGGCAACAAUACCAAGGGCCAGUGUGGCACCUGUACCAACAACACCGCGGACGACUGCAUGCUGCCCAGUGGGGAGGUGGUUUCCAACUGCGAGUUCGCAGCUGACCACUGGGUGGUGAACGACCCGUCCAAGCCACAUUGUCCCCAGACCGGUGUCACCACCAAGCGCCCACUCAUCACACCACCAGGGGGCAGCAGCACCACCCACCACAAGGACUGUGCUUCUUCUCUCUGCGAGCUCAUCAAAGACAGCUUGUUUGCCCAGUGCCACGCCCUGGUGCCCCCCCAGCACUACUACGAUGCCUGCGUGUUCGACACCUGCUUCGUGCCCGGCUCAGGCCUAGAGUGCGCCAGCCUGCAGGCCUACGCGGCCCUGUGCGCCCACUCGGGCAUCUGUGUCGACUGGCGGAACCACACCCACGGGGUCUGCUCGGUGACAUGUCCGCCUCACCGGGAGUAUCGCGCCUGUGGUCCCGCAGAGGAGCCCACCUGCGAGUCUAGGCCCUCAGAGGUGAACACCAGCCUGGUGGAAGGCUGCUUCUGUCCGGAGGGCACCACGAGCUAUGCCCCGGGAUACGAUGUCUGCGUGGAGCUGUGUGGCUGUGUGGGACCUGACGAUGUGCCUAGAAAGUUUGGAGAGCACUUCGAGUUCGACUGCAAGGACUGUGUGUGCCUGGAGGGCGGGCGCGGCAUCGUCUGCGAGCCCAAGGAGUGUCGCCAGGAGCCCCUCGAGUGCAUGGAGGAAGGCACCUACCCGCUCACGGAGGUCAACCCCGCGGACCCGUGCUGCAACAUCACAUCCUGCAAGUGCAACACCAGCCUGUGCCAGGAGACACUGCCCAAGUGCCCACUGGGAUUCGAAGUGAAGAGUGAGACCAGACCCGGGAAGUGCUGCCCGUCCUACUCCUGUGUGCCCAAGGGGGUGUGCGUCCACGGGAAUGCCGAGUACCAGCCGGGUUCCCCAGUUUACUCAUCCAAGUGCCAGGACUGUGUCUGUACCACCAAGAGAAACAGCACCUCGCAGCUCAACAUCAUCUCCUGCUCCCAUGUGCCCUGCAAUAACUCCUGCAACCCCGGCUUCGAGCUGGUUGAGGUUCCCAGGGAGUGCUGUGGGAAGUGUGUGCAGACCCACUGCAUCAUCAAGAGGCCAGAUAAGGAGAACAUCAUCCUAAAGCCUGGGGACAUACAUUCUGACCCCAAGAAUAACUGCACCUUCUUCAGCUGUGUGAAAAUACACAACCAGCUCAUCUCCUCUGUCUCCAACAUCACCUGCCCCGACUUUGACCCCAGCAUCUGCAUCCCGGGCUCCAUCACACUCAUGCCCAACGGAUGCUGCAAAAAAUGCAUCCCUCGCAAUGAGACCAGGAUCUAUUGCUCCACCAUCCCCGUCACCAAGGAAAUUUCUUAUAACGGCUGCUCCAACAAUGUCACAAUGAAUUACUGCUCUGGGUCCUGUGGGACCUUUGCCAUGUACUCGGCUGAGGCCCAGGGCCUGGACCACAGCUGCUCCUGCUGUAAGGAGGAGCGCACCAGCCAGCGGCAGGUGGUGCUGCAGUGCCCUCAGGGCGGCUCGAAGACCUACACCUACACCCACAUCGAGAGCUGCCAGUGCCAGGACACCAUGUGUGAGCUCCCGCAGACUCAGCGCAGUGUCCCCGGCCGUGCCAGGCGCGCCAGUCCCCGGGGCCUGUAAUCAGAGAGGGACUGAGCCGGUCCAGCAUCCAGCGCCCCCUGCCCCCAAGCGCCCUCCGUGCACCCACCUCCCGCUGACCCUCUCAGCUUCCUCGCCUAAGCGGACUUCCUCUCU